AUGGAGAGAUAUGACAGACAGGUGAGACUCUGGGGGCCAUCGGGCCAAGAUAAUUUGAAUCAAGCCCGUGUGUGCGUGCUAGGACCUGCUACAGCUUUGUUGCAGGAAGUCUCCAAGAAUCUGGUGCUUGCUGGGAUAUCCUCCCUAACUUGGCUCAAAGAAAAGAGUGCGGUUCAACCUGGCCCGCUGUUUUUAGCCAAGCUCAAAAGAGACCUUGAGCCUUUGACUUCCAAACAGCUGGAAUAUGAGGAAAAGGGGCUCGAAGAGAUCUUAAUGCACUCUCACUACGACUGGUCCCAAUUUUCGGUGAUAAUCUUGACUUGUAUUGGUAAGCAAACGACUCUGGUUGAUUUAAAUGAAGUCAGAGGGAGAAUCGGGACAAAAUUUCCUCCUGUACUGAAUACUUCUGUCUCUGGGUUUUAUGGGUAUAUGAAUCUGGUUUUGUCAGAACCACAUUUUGUUUUACAGUCACAUCCAGAUAAUAAAAAAUAUGAUUUACGGUUACAGCAACCAUGGCCUGAACUAAUCGACUAUGUAAAUACAUUUGAUCUAAGUAAAAUGGACGUUGUAGCCUUCUCUGGUAUACCUUACAUCAUUCUGCUUAUUAAGUGCAUCGCUAUACUCCAAAAGGACGGUAGUACGAAAGAGAUAACGGCUGGUCGGGUGAGGGAGGCUUUAGACCAAGUUUGCCUCUCCGUAGGAGAAAACGCUCUUUGCGAAUCGAAUUAUGUAGAAGCUAGACGCUAUGCAUACUUGGCUUGCUCUCAAGACGGUUCUCCAAAGGAACAAGACGACUUGCUCCGAACUGUGGAAACACCAAAUGAUGCGCAUGAUUGGCAUGAUGUCUACAACUAUGAAGUUCUAACACUACUUUUGGUGCUAAAAAACAUGUCCAGGGGAAACAAGAACUCUACCUUUCAACCUUUAACGAGCGCUCUCCCGGAUAUGGAAUCUACGACGGGAAACUACAUCAAACUCAAAACACUGUACAAAGCAAAAGCUGAGCUUGACAAGUCCCGCAUACAGCAAAGUUUAAUAUUCAGUAAAAAAACGGUUUCGAAAGAUGUCCUGAACGCGUUUUGCUCUCACUCCGGAGAGAUCAAGAUAGUACUACCGCCGAAAGGAGAUCUACUAGGUAUUUUCAAUACUUCGCAUUCUCUUUUAAGCGCAUUAUUGACGGUACAGUUCCAAGGGGAAUUUAUAGCUACGGUAGCGUUAGAGGAUGAGUUCAAAGGUUUACAACUUGAUUGUAACUACCCAGUUAUGGCAUUUUUUGGAGGUGCAGUAGCCCAAGAAGCCAUUAAGCUCAUAACACACCACUACGUUCCUACUGAUGAUUUAUUUCUAUAUAACGGUAUAAACAAUUCUUCUGUGAUAUAUAAAAUAUAA